CAAGUUAUGGCACUACUUUUCUACUGAUACCCUUCAAAACAUUUACCUAGCUAUAAGAUUAUUAUAUAAAACGCAUUCUUUCACCUUGUGUAUGAAUGACAGUGAUAUCUGUCCCAUAAAAGUGUUACCAUUAAAUAUGUAGCGUCUCGUUUGUGUUUCCAUGGAAACACAUGUUGUUGCUUUGCUGUUGAUCAACAUGGAGUUUAUGGAAAAGCAGUUAUGAUGGAGAUUACAAAAACAGCAGGAUGGAGGGGACGGGCGAAUACACACUUCCCACUCACACCAGAUAUGUCGGAGAAAUGAAAGACGGCAUGUUCCAUGGAAAAGGAGUGCUGCAUUUCCCCAAUGGAAGCAAAUAUGAAGGAACUUGGGAGAAAGGAAUAUCCAUAGAGGGAAAGUACACAUUUUCUGAUGGCCUGGAGUAUAAAGAGACAGACUGGGAUUACUGUGAUGCCAAAGACAGGCGGUUUUACUCUGAAAGGUGCAAUGGCCUCAAACCAGCAGGAGAAUCCCAGUUAACUGAUCGGGACCCCCCGCGGGCCAUCCCUGGCGGUUGCUAUGACAGCGUCGAUGGCUUUUAUGAUGCCAGCACUAGAGUCGUCAAAGACUAUGAUGGCAAUUUUCUCAGGAACGCAGACGACCAGGAACACGACUGGAUUGUAGGGACCUGCAGGAAGAGCUGGGACGAGUUCGUUGGCCACUGUCCAAGAGGCGACACACUAGAGGAGAAAUCAUAACUCGCCGGGGAAAAUUCCUGCAGCCGCAAAGCGUUUCCCUCAGCGCCGGAGAAAUUCACCUUUGGCUGGAAAAGAGAGGCUUGUGGAAGUACAAAUUCACUAGAUUAAAUUUGAUAUACUCUCGGAGUAUUAUAAUCUGGGGUAAAUCUCCCUCUCAGAGACUGCCGAGAUAUAUUAGCGGUGCUCGCUACGGCGAGCAUAUUACUAUUGCCAUUACUAUUGCUCAUGGUGGUUUUUCAAAACCCUGAACCAUGAGUAUUAAAUUUGGUAUGCAACUCGUCCCAUUUCAUUGCUUGUGCAAUAA